AUAAAAUAAUUAGCGCCAAACUCGUAAUAUCCUUUAUGAACGGACUUUUUCUCAACAUUUUUCGUGCAUGCAAUGUUCGAAAAAUUGAUUCUUUAAUCGAUAAUGGCUCAAUCAAAUUUAUCAUCGGGUAAUUUUACCAAUUUUUCCGUUAAUCCCGGAUUGAAUAUGUUUCAAACUCAACAGCAACAGCAGCAGCAACAACAACAGCCGUCGCAACAACAGCAAAAUGUUCCCUUAACAUCAUUAUUUAUGCCGAAAAUUUUCAAUGAUGACCGUGAUAAUAUUAUUGGAUUAUUCAAUCAAAUACAGGCAUUCUGGGGUGCCGGUAAAGCAUACUAUUCGGCUUUCAAUCCCCCAUAUGAAUUGAAUAAAACGGAUUCAUUUAAUCGUUUUAAAACGAUUUCCUAUUCAGAAGAAAAAAAUCUUGAAGAAAAAUUAUUCUUUCUCAUCCGAUAUGUUGAUGAACAACAAUUACGAACGAAUUUGGUUCAGUAUGAACAGAAUUUUAAACAAUUUAUUGGACAAAAUCAUACUGUUAAACUUGAGUUGAAAACAAUACUGCCCGAUAGUAAAGCAUUGAUUGCCAUUAUGGUUACUGAAAAUGCUACCAGUAAAAUCAUACCAGACGCACAAUUGCGUACAAAUUUCAAUCAACCCCAAUGGAAACAACAAUUGAAUCAAAUUUUCAUCAACAAUUUUGUCGAGAUUAUAUUCACAUCUCUUUCAAAACAGGAAAUCGAAGCCUAUUUAAGCUCACCACCGAAAGGUAUUGAUGAACGAAUAUGGGAACAGGCGAAAUUGGAAAAUCCUGAUCCACAACGAUUCAUACCCGUACCAUUGAUUGGUUUUAAAGCGCUAAAUGAUCGAUUUAAAUUACAGGAAAAAGAAAUUCAUCAACAACAACUUCGAUUGAAACAGAUGAUUGAUAAUGUUUCAACAUUGGAAAGUAAUAUUUCACAAUUCAAGGCAAAAUUCGAAGAAUGUCGACGUAAACAUGAUAAUCUUUCGUAUCGUGUAUUGCGUAAGAUGAUUGUACAGGAAGUACAACGUAAACGAACGAUGCCAAUACAGGCUGAAGAAGAUAAGCUACGUGCUGAUCUGGAAGCCAUACAAGCUGAACUAAAUGUACCAACCAAAUUUCAAGGCUGCCUUAAUGAAUUAAUGUCACAGCUACGGCAGAUGCAAUGUCAAAAUCCAUUGAUUGGUAAAAUAUCUUUCGAUAAAUCCAGUAUGAAUGAAUAUCUACAAUUUUUAAAUGAAGAGAAUCGUGGCAUUAUGAGUUUAGUUGAAAUAUUGAAAAAAGAUAUCCAAGACAUUCGACUUUCUUUGAAUGAUGGUAAAAAAUCUACCAUUUGAACCAUAUGCCAUAUACGAAUAGAAAUAGUCGUCAUCAUCAUAUGAUUGUGACUUUUUCAAUCAAACAAACAAACAAAAGAAAAAUCAUGGCUUAUCAUC